AUGUGUCCCGGAGAGUCUCUCGCCGUCAAGGAUCUCUUCGUCGAGCGCGAGAAGCUUCUUGAGCGGAUCAAGGAGCUGGAAGAGAAGGUCAAGACGGGAUCGACGACCUCAACAACGCCGCAAGGCCCGCAGCCGGUUCAGCCGUCCCCGAUCCCAGCAUCCGUGAAGGACAGCACAUCAGCGGACUCCCCAGUUGCAAACUCGGGUACUCUUGUUGUCGCGAAUGGCCAGUCUCGAUAUCUAGGUGGAUCAGCCAUGCCGCUCUGGCUGUCGCAAGAGGACGCCCUCGACACUCGGCCGCCUUCGCCAUCAACAUCCCCGGCACAUGCAUCGUCAUCCUCCCUCUUUGGACCAGCCUCAGCUCUCACCUACGCCCAAGCAUUCGCUCAGCUUCCGCCAAGAGAAGAGGGAUGGCUGCUUGCGGAAUCGAACUACCGGCAUCUCGCGUGGGGCGGAAGCGCUCUCAGCCGGGAAGAUUUCGCCGAGCUCUACGAGUCACUACAGAACACGGAGGACACGCACCUCUCUUUCCAGAAAUUGGCUGCUGUGUUCAUCGUGCUGGCUCUCGGCACGCUGGUGUCGCUGGAACUGCCGCUUGAUGACCCUACCGGACGACACUACUUCGACAUGGCACGACAGUGUCUCGUGAAUGGGCGAUUCCUGACGCACACGACGCUGAUCGGUGUCGAGACCGUCUCCAUGAUGGCGCGCUAUUGCUGUUACGCCGCGAUGCGCCGCGGAUGGGACUUGGCAUGGCAGCUUCGUGGUCUGGCGAUGCGCCUCAUCAUCUCGAUGGGCCUGCAUCGAGACGGCCGCACGUGGAAGUUGUCGCCACACGACCUCAACGACCGGCGGCAAGUAUUCUGGGACGCUUACAGUCAGGACAUCUUCCUGUCGCGAUGCUGGGACCGACCACCGACUGGUAUCGCCGCGGAUCAGUACGACACCCAAUUUCCAGACACCUGCAGCCCGUACGAACUGUACCGAUACAAGCUGGCUGUGCUGGUGAAGCAGGCGCUGGAUGAGAGCCUGCGCAUCACCCCUUCGCCGUACUCGCGCAUCGUAGAGAUCUGGCAGGCCCUCGUCAAGGCGGAGGCGGAUGUUCCGUUCGAACUGCGAUGCCGCGCGACAACCCGUGCCAUGGUGUCACGUUACACCACGACGGCUGCCGCGGACGAAGCAACCCCUGAGCCAAGCCGACGGGACGUCCGCCUUGCAUUCCAGCAACAUGCGCUCACGCUUGACUACUGUGCUGGUGUCUUCCUUCUCCUCCGACCCUACUUCGUGCAUGCUCUCUACUCGCACCCAGAGGACCCGACGCAGUCCCCGUACGGUGACGCUUACCUUGCCGUGAUCGAGCGUAGCUCCAUGAUGAUUGCGAUGCUGCGCAGCAUCCACGGCCUGUACCCGCUGCUGUCAACGAGACACUGGCAGUUCUGGUCACACGCUUUCAGUGGAGCCGUAUGCAUGGCGACAGUGUGCAUCCUCUCGCCAGGCAGUGCGCUAGUGACGCUCGCGAUGACUGAGCUGGAGAGUGUGAUUGCGCUUCUGCACAGCAUCCUCGCAUCUCUGCCCCGACCAGAGCUCAGGAAAAACCUCGCUUGGCUGCUGCAGCUGCGCGAGCGCGCGCAGGCCAAGAUCAGCGCUGCUGCUGCGCCGGCGCCUUCCCCGCAGCCCGCCGAAGAUGCGUUUGAGCAUCUGUCGCUUGUCGGAUGGCGAACACGCCUCAUCCAGCUCGGCGAGGGCAGGCCCCGUGAGCCGGUUCCCAGCAUGCCGGCUGCCAGCCUCCCAGAGCCAGCCGACUGGUACGACAAUACACUCCUCACCAGCCGUCUCCCGGAUGCAACGGGCCUUAGUCCAGACUUUCAACUGCUCGGCGCCCCGGUCGGGCAACCGUUCCCGAUCGAGGACUGGAGUGCAGACCACGAUAAUAAGGAUGCGGCGCUCGAGAUGCUGGGUCUCUGGCAGUAA